CAUCUAUCUGAUUAUGUCGACAGAAAUUGUUAAGAAUCGAUUUCUAGGGUUUCUGAUAUGGCAAUCCAUCAUCUCUACUAUCAUCUUCCUAUUUUGUAAGAUCUUCCUUCUCUGCCCUUUUACCAAUGAUCCUCUCUCUCCUUCUCUCCUUAGCUUCCUUUCCUUCCUUAACUUCCAUUUCUCUCUCCUCCUCUCCUCCUCUUCUCUCUUCCUUGUGUCUUCUCCCCAACCCGAUCGCCCAGCUUCGAUUCCCGUAUUCGUUCACUUUCUCCUCCGAUUCCUUCUCAAUUCGAUUAUUGGCGGUGGUGGUGGGUUGCCGGAACUCUCGGCUCCCAGCUUCCGCCGCCGUGUGAGAACUUCGCUUGGGCUUCUGCUCGUUUUGAUCAUCUCAACCGAAUCAGGUUUUAUGUCAGUGGCUUCUCUGAUUCGGAACUCGAAGGCCAUUAGUGGAUUGCCACUCAUAGGCAUAGGGUUGAGAGGGUCUGGUUUUGGAUUGAUUUACGGAGUUUAUUACAUUUAUAAGCAGCGUUGGGUUUUGAGUUUUCCCAUUAUCCAGCGUCGUCUUUUUUAUAGUUUUAAGAUGGGGCUCCCUUCAGCUUUUAGACAAGCUCUAAAGUUAUCUACCGUGGCUUUUCUAUGUUCGUCUGUGGUGGUUGUAUUCCUGCCUGAUCAGUAUAAGGGCCAGGGCACAAUGGUGCAAUCUAUUGUCAAUCAAAUUAUCUUUUACGUUGGAAGUUCCAUGGUUUCGCUUUGUUGGGAGCUAAGUCAUCAUUUACAUCAGGUGGUUCAUACAAAGAGGUGCAUAUUUGCACCACCAAAGGGGUCAGCUGCUACAGAGACAAAUUCGUCUCAGCCUAUCCUUGCAGCGUUGGAGGAAAGUACUCCAAGAUCUCUUCUGCAAUAUCUUGCAUAUCUAGAUCUGUGUAUGGUUUGUGAGGGUAAUGUGGACAUAUGGCGUCGAGCUGCCUUCUUUGAAGAAACUGGUGAGACUUAUAGAAGAGUCAUGGCAGUAUGCUUGAGGCCUCUUGAGCAGCUGACUUCAAACCUUGGGGAACUCUUGGAAGAUUGCUCAGGGGACAGAACUGAUCAAGUGUCACAUCAGUUAUUAUCAGCAGCUGAUACACACAUGGAUUCAAAGCUUAAUGAAUCAUUCAAUGACUUCCAGCUGUAUGCAUGGUGUGCAAGGUCGAUUGCAGCAUUGACUGCACGGUCACACAGUGAGGAUAGGUUUGGGGUUGCACAACUGACCGGCUGUAAUGCUGCUGUGGUCUCAACACUUUUGUCUUGUCUGCUUGCUGUUGAGGCAUGCAUGGGGAGGAAGACCAGUGUGCAAACCCCACUUUUAAUGGGCCCAGCCAGCAUCAAGUGGGCCACGUUGAACACAGGAAGAAGAGAUGGACCGGCUAGAAUCAUAGGUAAAAGAAGUAGUGGUCCAUUAUAUGCAAAGGCUUAUGCCAUGGCUGACGUUCUUAGGACAGCAAUCUAUAGUCUAGUGUCUGUAUUCCAUGAUGAGAUGCUAGGAAGCUCAAAGGCAGGAAAACUUGAAAAGGAUUGGAUCACUGGUAGGAAUCCUCUUUUUGGGACCCGUGAUAUACUUGUACAGAAACUGCGGCUUUUUCUGGAUUUCCAAGCUAAUUAAUGACCUGGGAAUUUGUACAACAGAUAUGAAAUUCAAGGUAGGGAUUGGAUUGAUCUUUUGCUUUAGUUAGGAAGAGAGAUUCUUCCAGUUUCAGUAUCAGAGAAUUGUUUUAUUUAUGUUGUAUUGAAUUUUGUACAGAACUCCCUAUAAUGGAAAUGUUGAGUGGGAUUAUGGGAUGGCAUAAUCUCUUUUGUUGAUGGUUCCUACUUCAAAAGCAUCA